AAGGCUCUUGUCCAUAUUUCUCCAACUGCAAAUGACCAUUUCUUUGUGUGUGUGUGUGUGUGUGUGUGUGUUUGUUUUUAAACCCAAUUUCACAACAUGCACUUGAUUCUGACAGUCUGGCAGCACAAAGCUCAAUCAUACUUUAAUUUUCGUGCAGUCCACUGUUCAGGGGGGCGGGCGGAGGUAGACGGACAAAUAGGCCGAUCACACGAACUUUCAAAAUGAACCUGCACUGAAAAAAAGCUGAAGAAAGAGCAGAACAGCCCGCCACAUUUUCCUUCGCAGGCCUGUUUGACCAUUCAACAUCGCGGCCGCUGGCUCUCCGCCAUCACCGGGUUUUCAGUGGCUGAAGAAGGAGCAGGACACGUUUCAGCCUCCAAAUCAUCAGUAAGUCCGACACUACAACACCGAGUCACUGCACGUACAAUGUCGGAUGUCUCUGGACUUUCUCUUGAGACCGUGGCGUCAAGUUCAGUCUGCUUUAACGUGGCCUAGAAGUUGAAAGCAGGUUCAAGAAGGCUGCAAGAGCAAAUACUGGUCUGUGAUAACGUGCUGUAUUAAGUAAUAUAACAUUUAGUCUCUCCUCCACGGUAAAAUAGUGAAUACGACUGCUGUUCAGCCGCCAAAGUAAACGCCAUUACGGCUCAAGUGAAGUGACAGCGUCCCCAGUUUCACAGUAUCAGCCCAGAAAUCCCACCCGACCAGCAGCACGAGUCCAGUCCAGGCGAGCCGCCAUGACUCGACACCGACAGCAGCCCUCACACAACGGGCCUGAUCCAUCUACCUUGGCAAAAAAAUGUCUGCUAACCUACAAACUCAUCCAGCUGGAGAAUGCUCGCUGUACACUCGACCAAGAGCUUCGCCACCUCACCGGAAAGGUCUAUGCAGAGGUUCAAGAUUUCCUUAAUUCAUAUCUGCCGACUUGUCUCUACAAUGACCUUAUGAAGACUUUGGAUGCAAAAUGCGAUGCUUUUGACAAGCUUCUGGCUUUAUUAAAAGACACAUCAAAUGAUCCACAAUGUCAUGUCCAAGCCUGUGCUGAAAAUUUACAAAAAGUUACAACAAAUCAAAUUAAGCUACUCAAAGACAAAGGGAUCUUGAUGACAGAUGUCCUGAAGUUCGGGCCCAUGCUGCAGAAUGUCCUCAUGGCUAGCUCCAUAACCAAAGCAACCCAGGUGCUUAGAGCCUCACCGUCCCUUCAGCAGCUGAACCAGCUCCUCAUCCUCCAGCCUGAAAUGGUCCAGAAUGAUGUAAUGUUCUGUAGCAGCUCAUCUAGCUGCAACUCUGUCAUUGAGAUUUCCAGCUCAUCCAGUCACUUUAAGGCCAAAGAAAAAGAACACUCAGUUGUUUGUGAGAACUCCCAACCAGAUGUAGCAGUGGAGGGACCUGCCGUCAUUCAGAGUCGAAAUGAUAACACAGAGAGACCACCACCCUUUCCCAGUAAAACUCGACUCCCUGAGAUCAGUAACCCUAACCCCAUGAAACUAACAGUAGAUGCACCACUAAUUGGCUGGGGAUAUGACAGUGGUGUCCAGGUGCAACACCAAAAACAAACAUCCUCUCAGCUGUUGCACUUCCUCAGAACAAACGCUAAAAAUAUGGGUACAGUGGAGGUUGCUUUCACAGACUGUUGGAACAACUUUCAGUACACUUCAAGUUUGCCUGAGCCAGCAUCACCAACCAUGAAAAUACCCACCGGAAGGAGUGAGUUGCUUGCAGAAAUGGAAAACCAAGCCCCUGUCUUCAAAGUAAAGCGAGUUGAGCCAAAUGGCUAUCUGACCUACACCUGUGUAAUUGCCACCAAGACUGAAUUGUGGGAUAUUGGCGACAUCCUCACAGAUGUUAGACUGGAUCCUUCAGAGGCCAGCCUGGAGAAACAAGCGGUUGAAGAAUGUCAAAAUGAAACUCAUCAUGUGGAGACGUCUGCUGUGAGCCUUCAUUUGAAAACCAAAAGAGAGCCUGAACACCAAAGCAGUUCAACAAUUAACCAUAUAGGCAUCCCAGAGUUCCAGAUCCGAAAGUUUGAAGAGACUGAGGUAGUGGUGUCCCAUAUUGUCAGUCCAGGGAAUUUCUACAUCCAGCAUGCAGACUGCACCAUGAAGCUGCAGGCCCUUGUCACAGACUUGAAAGGCAGUAGUUCAUUUUCAGAGCAGAAUUGCAUUCCAGACAUUGGAACCCUUGUAAUGGGCUGGUUCCCUAAACAAGAGCAAUGGUGCAGGUCCCAGGUGAUUAAGAUAUGUGGAGUAAGUGGAGAUAAUACCGCUGACAGUGAUGGGAGUGUGAUAGCCAUCAAGUUGGAGGUGAGGAGGCUGGACUUUGGUGACACUGCCUGCCUGUCUCUGUGCAACAUCAAAGCGCUUACCCCAGAAAUGGCUGUCUUCCCCCUCCAAGCUGUACAGGUGUCCCUGGUAAAUGUGAUGCCUGUGAAUGGGAAGGAUUGGUCUGAGGAAGCAGUGGGCUGGUUCAGAGCAAUGGUGCACAACAGGACACUGUAUGCCAGGCUUUACCCGCAGGGCAGCAAAGUAACAGUCGAGCUGUUCUUGGAGAGGGGAAAGAUAGGAGCAAUGAGGAGAGGCGCAUCACUAUCUCUGCGACUAGCCCAGAACGGUCAUGCAAAACAUGACAAACUGAAAAGUGCUGGCAUCAUAAAUAGACGCACCUUUCAAGAAAAAAUGAGAAAACAGGCCGAUUGGGAGAAAUAUCUCAUUUCACUCUAUGCUCAAAAUAUGAACUAAUACUGAAAAAAGGGGAUGUGGCUGUAUGCGGAUAUUACUAUUCCUGUUUGUUUCUGUUGAGAUUGACUAAAACAUGUUGACAAAUCUAGAAUGUUCUAAUCAGGGAUUUAAGACACUAGCCAGAGUAGUUAAAAAUCAGAAACAGGUCUCUUGUAUUUUGGAAGUGUCUCAACAGUGCAGUUUAUGACAAUACAACAAAAUGAGGUUUGGCCAGUUUCUUGUGUCAUGUGUCUACUGUAAUCCAGUAUUGCACUGAAAGGAUAAUAAGAACUGAUUUUUCUAAAGACAAUGUUCUCCAUAUUCUCCACUAACACAAUUUUGACCGAAUUGUAUGGAGAGGGAUGAGUGAAAUUAAAAAUAGAACUGUAAUGUAUUCGUUUUUUUCCCCUCUCUCUCUCCCUUAAGAUCCACAAAAGGAUAAGGAUCUCAAAUUUUGGUUGUAUUGUGUGGUAUUUCUUUAAAAAAUUUCUUAACCCUAAUAAAAUCCAGAUUUUCAUUCUUGUAUUUUCUGUUAAGUAGUUAAUUUUCUUUUUUCUUUUUUUUUUUUUCCACCAAUGGCAGAAAAGUCUACUAUUUUGACUACAGCUUAUUUCAGCCUCUACACAGUGGAUGUUUAGUUCGUCAUGUGGCAUGAUAUUUUUCACCUUGUUUUUUCUUUUGUGUGUCACUUUUCUUUGGCAAAACUAUUGUUAAACCUGCCUUACUUUUGUUAAUAUUGAUAACUAAUUGUUACACAGUAUUCCUGCAAAGUUAAGUAUAUCAACAAUUUACAGAUUUAUUUUGAUUGUAUAAAUCUAGCCGAUGCCUUGCAGCAAUAAAGUAUCUAAUUUUUUUUUUUUUUUUUU